AUGAACCUCUUCUAUCAUGAGGUUGACCUGGAUGUGCAAAAAGUAAAGCCAACUACACUGGAGGAGGGACAGUUGUGUGUGGUGUUUUGCCCAGCCAUGAGGAGCUGGUGCAGGGCCACUGUGGAGUCUCUGUUCCUGGGAUCAGUGAGGAGUCAAGCCAUGUGCUUCUUGGUGGAUCACGGAGAACGUGUCAUUGUCAGCACGGAAGAUGUGAGAGCUCCCCUUGAUAAGUUCCUGCAGCUGCCUUUCCGGAUGCAAAGGUUUCAGUUAGCUAGGAUCCACCCUAUGAGACUCAAGGUGUCCAUCUGCCAUGAGACAGCGCACCUAGUUCCAUCACCACAAUGGGACAGGUCUGCUACAAAAUACCUGCACGACCUUCUACAAGCAUCUACUCUGGUUGAGGCUUUUCUUUGUGAAACGCAUGCAAAUUGCACAGCUGUUGAGCUCUAUUUGACCAUCAGGAAUGUGAAGAUCUGUGUAAAUGAUGAUUUGGUGGUGAAGAAGUUUGCCUGCUUCUCCAGUGGGAAGGCCAUGGCCAGGGGAGAGCAGAGUGGCUCUGGGGAUCAUUCUCCCACCAGCCUGGCCUGGGACGACAUCGCCAGUCCUCACAAGAUCCUAGAAAUGAACGGCUGCUGUACAGUCAGGCCUCCACAUUCACGCUUUCUAACUAGGAGGGGCAUGAAUGAUAAGUACCUGUCACGAGAACUGGCCACUGAGCAAACACACGGAACAUGUCGAGACAAGUCUCGUGAAUCAGUGGAAGUACUUGGUCCCGCUGGAUCACCAUCUCCAGAUAAUGAUGGGUUUUUCAAUGGGCCAGAGACCUACUCCAGGGGAGUAUGUGAGUCGGAUGGCUCCAUCAGGAGCUUGGAUAACAAGAAACGCAAGAAAUGUAUUUUAAAACAGACAGAGGAUACAGAGAGCAGCCUUGCAGAGCAAUUGUCUCAAAAGCUGAGCUUGGUCAGAUUCAAGAAGUUUCUGAAUCCAUUCUCACAUUCAAACUUAAUGCCUAAACCUGACGAAAAUGAGCAAACCCAGAAUAUUUCUGAUGAAACAGCAGAGAAGCAUAAUGACCUCUCCCUGGUUCCACACCGUGAUGAAGAUGCGCGUGUCUGUGGCACAAGAGACACCCAUGACAACAAUACAGAGCUGCAAGAGCCAGCAUUCUGUCAAGGGCCAAAUACUACAGACCAGCUGGUCUGUGCCAGAUUGCUACAGCUUCUGAACCCAGAUCCAUUAAAUCUGUGUUUAGAAUGUCUUGAUGACAAUGUUGUGGGCUCCAAGUGCAGCAGCAGUGGGGUGCUGGUGCAUUCAGUGGUCCCCAUCAGUCCGUGCAGUAGCCUGAGCCGUGCGGCCAUCACUCCACAGUUCCGCAAGUUCCUGCUGAGGAGGAAGUACAGUGGGCCAAACCUGGCUGAGAGCUACUUCUGGCCUGCUGUGGCGCGAGGCUGUGACACGCUGCUGGUGAGCUCAGGUGGAGGUGACCCACUCUCCUACCUGCCACCGCUGCUGGCUCAGCUUCAGCUUGCCUCUGUGUACAGCACCUUCACGGCACACACCGGGCCUAUAGCAGUCAUCCUAUGUCCAAGCUGGGAGAAGGUGCAGUCUGUGCUGGAACUACUGGAGCACAGCCAGGCGACUGGGAACCUCCGCCCUGCUGCUGUGCUCCUCGGCCUGGGCAAGGGCGAGGCCAAACGGUCCAAGAUCCACACCAACUGUCAGUUGCUGGUGACUACCCCCUUUAGCCUGUCCAGGCUUCUGGAGGAGCAGUGCUUCCAGUUCCUGAGGCUUUGUCACCUGGUUCUGGAUGAGGCUCACGAGCUCUUCUCACGUGCACCUGACCAGAUGGCAGCCAUUUUAGAAUAUUUCAAGAAAGUUGUGUCCAGAGAGGAGACGGGCACAUGUCCGAGGCAGAUGGUGGCAGUGAGCAGGCACUGGAGCCAGGAGCUGGAGGGAGUGGUUCAGGAGCACAUGCUGAACCCAUGCAUCAUCGUGACUGUGACUGAAGAAGCAGCACUGUACGGCGGAGUUCACCAGAUGGUCCUUUUGUGUCUGGAAUGCAAUAAGACCUCUGUGUUGCUCAGCUCUCUGGACUUUAACCCUUCCAUUCCCCAGAAAACCCUCAUCAUCACCAACUCUGCGAAGGAGGUAGAGCAUGUCUAUAAGGCUGUCAGCAGUGCUGCCGUAUUUUCUCUGAAAGUUCACGAGGGUCUUGCCUACCAGUUUGACUUUGUGGUUGAGCAGUGGAAGAAGGACAUUGAUCCAGGCACCCAGGUUAUCUUAGUGACCACCAAUGAUUGUAUGAAGGCUCUCGGCAUCAGGGAUGCCACAUGUGUGGUGCAUUAUGGGUUCCCAAGUUCACCUAAACUGUUUGGAAACCGGCUGUUCUGCAUGUCGGACAACUUUAGGAAUCUCUCUGAAAAGUGUCAGGGUAGUAGCAAGGGUCUCGCUCCCACCGUGAGGUCUGUGUUGAUACUGUCGGAGCGGAAUGCUCGUCACGUGUCUGGAGUGCUGCGCUACCUGAGGCGCGCAGGAGCUGCACUGCCCUCUGAGCUCCUGCAGUUUGCUCAGGGGGUGCAGCAGGCCAGAGAGGAGCAGAAGACUGACCGAGUGCUCUGCAGCCACCUCAAGAGCCUAGGCUUCUGCAGGGACAGUACACUUUGCCCAGACAGGCACAUAAUCAACAAGACUCUUGACCGCCCCCUGCACCCAGAGAAUGGGACUAUCCUGGUUUUGCCUCUUUACAUUAAGAGUGCAAAUGUAUAUUAUGGGCGUAUAGUGAAGCAGAAAGAUGACCCGUAUGAGAUCCUUGCUGCUGAAAUGUGCUCUCACUAUGCUAAAGAGAGGCUUUUUGCAAAGGAAGUGGUGGAGGGAGGCCUUUAUGCAGUACAAGAAGAGGAUAUAUAUAGUAGAGUGCAUGUGACCAAGGUGCCUGAUCGAAGAGACCAGUUGUUCAGCAGUGUCACUGCUCACUUUCUGGAUGAAGGACGCACCCAGGAAGUGAAAUCCCAUCAGCUACUGCAGCUGCCUCCCGAGUUCCAGAGCUUGCCUAGUCAGGCUGUGGAGAUAAUUCUGUGCAGGGCCCAGCCCAUCGAUGGAGAAAUGGACUGGGAUCCAAAGGUUACUAGAGUUAUUAGUUUGAAAAUCAAAGGGAAGCUGCAUCAAGCAAAGGUGGUGAUGUGUCUCGGCAACACUGUUUGGGUUGAUCCAAUGAUACGAAUGACGCGCCUGCCAGGCUUAAAGACCGUCAUAAACGAGUAUAACGUCCAUGCAGAAGUUCUGGCCACGGGCAUGGGUACCACUAACCCUGGGCAUUUGGAGCUGCUCCGGGCACUCUGCCUGGGAGAGCAGACCUCUGCUGAAGGGCAACCAAGCGUCAGGAACGGGUUUGAAGCUGAGGCUCCAUCUCUAGAGCAAAGGGUUCAGGCAGCUGAGGAUGUCCUGGCCAAUCGGAUGAAGGCUGCACUGGCCAGCCUCUGCAAUGUAGUGGAACCCUUUGAGCCUGUAGAGAUGCUUAAGGACCCAAACCGAAUCACAGUAUCUAAUGGAGCAUUGAGUAAGCCAUCUCUCGAAGGCACUUCAGUAGAAAAUGAGCGGAUGGUUAGUUUUCACCCUCAGAUUAAAUGGUUUCAAGCAAAAGAGACAGUUACCCUCAGAGUAAAGCUGCUGAACCCCAUUAAUCAGAACUGUGAGUUCUUUACUAACCGAGUGCUUUACAGUGCAUAUGUGAACAAUCGACGUUAUUGUGCCAAUUUGGAUUUGCACAGUGACAUCAGUAUGGACCAGUGUUCAUGGGAAAUGAACUGCAAUGAACCAGUGAUUAAACUGGUGAAGAAGAAGAAAGGAGAGUGGAAAUCGCUACUAAAAUACAAGAGUUAUUUUGUAAGCUAUGACUUCGAUCACUUUGAGGAUGAGGAAGCUCCUCUGUCAAAGCCAGUGUCGAAUGGUCUCUGGUUCCUGGCAGACACAGGAGAGAGUGACUGUUAUGUGAACUCAGAGAGUGGGAGUGAGAGUGACUGAAGAGACUGCCUGCUGUGUGUUCUCUUACACCAACACACACAUGCUACCAUGGGAAACUGGGCCUAGCUGUCAGUUACACAGCUUGGUGAAAGACUGUCAGCAUGAGCUGACUGAUGCACAUGUACUGUUUCAUUUGUAGUUCAUUUUUAAGGAGUUACAGCUGUUUUCAGAAAUUGGUGAAGUGUUCAUUGUUUUCUAACUCCAGUGCUACAUUAGGGCAGCCUCCAUAAAGAAGUUAUAAACUGGCAAUCUGGUCAAGCAAAAGACACAAGUCUCAGACACCACCUUGAAACUGACCAGUGAUGAACAGGAUGGAGCAUGUGUGAAAUUGGUCAUCUCAAAUGACUUGACAAGUAGUUGAUGAGUUCAAUCGAGUGUUAAUUUAUUGUGCUGUUAAA